CGGCAAUCAAUUCAUUCAUGGUUUCUUUAGUACUUGUUUGGUUAUUUCUUACAUUUAUGUCUCUGAUCCAUUUGGAACAUAAUCUACUUUGGGAGAUUUGGUAAGGAUUCCGAACGGUGAAUCCAGUUGUCCCUGCACCAUUUAUUUAGAAGUCCGUCUUUGGCCAUUGACUUGAGAUGGCACCCCAGCCAUAUACCAACUUUCCAUAUUCACCUGAUUCUAUUUCUGGACUUUCUAUUCUGUUCCAGGGGUCUGUCUGUCCACUUGUGCACUGUUUUAAGGAUGGCUGCUUUACUCUGUUUUGAUAUCUGGUAGGUUGGAUGCUUCCUCUGCCCCCUCACCCCCCCAUUUGCUUUUUUUUGCCUUGUUUUUCCUGGAUAUUCCUGCUUAUUUUUAUUUUUUAAAAUACACUUAUUUAUUCAUUUUUAUUUUUGACUGUUUUGGGUCUUCGUUGCUGCUCACAGGCUUUCUCUAGUUGUGGAGAGCGGGGGCUACUCUUUGUUACAGUGCAUGGGCUUCUUGUUGUGGUGGCUUCUCUUGUUGCAGAGCACGGGCUCUAGGCGUGUGGACUUCAGUAAUUGUGGCACACAGGCUCAGUAGUUGCGGCUCUCAGGCUCUAGAGCACAGACUCAGUAGUUGUGGCACAUGUGCUUAGUUGCUCCGUGGCAUGUGGGAUCUUCCUGGACCAGGGCUCAAACCUGUGUCCCCUGCAUUUGCAGGAGGAUUCUCAACCACUGUGCCACCUGGGAAGUGCAUUCCUGCUUAUUUUUGUAGUUGAAUGUUAGAAUCAACCCAUCUCCACCAAAAAAAAAAAUAUCACAUUUGGAUCACGCUAAGAUUAUAAACUCAUUUAGGAACCUUUUGGUUCCUUUGUAAUGUUGAGUCUUACUACCCAAGAACAUGUAUCUCUUCCUUUUGUUCAAGUCUCUUUUGAGUCACUUAGGAAUAUUUUACUUACGUUUUCCCUAAGGACCUUUCUUAAAGACAUUGCACAUUUUUGGGAAAAGUUUUGCCUUAGAGUUUUAUAUAUUUUUUGUUGUUGCUGCUUAUAAUGUUACUGUAAAUGGGGGCUUCUUUCUUCUAACUGGUGAUUUUCAUAUACAUGUAGGCUAUUGACUUCUGUAUGUUAAUACUACAUCCUCUUACUUCAUCAAAUUCUCUCGUCUGUACUAGUUUGUUGAUUUUCUUGAGUUUUCCAGAAAUAUAAUCACACCAUCUGCAAACAGACAUGAUUUUAUCUCCUCCUUUCCAAUUCGGGUUCCUCCCAUUGUUUUCUUUUAUCUCAUGGCUUUAGCUAAUCCUCUCAUACCUUACUAUGUCAUAAUGGCAAGAGUGGGCAAUUUUAUCUUAUUCCCAACUUUAGUGGGAAAGCAAGUUUCCAUUACAUAAGAUGCUGGCUGAGGAUAUAUUUAUCAAUUUCUAGAGUUGUUUUUUUUUUUAAAUCGGGAAUGCAUGAAUUUUUUUAAAUUAAUUAAUUUAUUUAUUUUAUUGGCUGUGUUGGGUAUUCAUUGCUGCACACGGGCUUUCUCUAGUUGCGGCGAGCGGGGGCUACUCUUCAUUGUGGUGCGUGGGCUUCUCAUUGCGGUGGCCUUUCUUGUUGCAGAGCACAGGCUCUAGGCGUGUGGGCUUCAGUAGUUGUGGCACAUGGACUCAAUAGUUGUGGCUCAUGAGCUCUACAGUGCAGGCUCAACAGUUGUGGCACAUAGGCUUAGUUGCUCUGUGGCAUGUGGUAUCUUCCUGGGGCAGGGCUUGAACCCGUGUCCCCUGCAUUGGCAGGCAGAUUCUUACCCACUGCACCACCUAGGAAGUCCCAAGGGAAUGCAUGAAUUUUGUCAUUUGAAUUGCUUUUUCUGUGUUUAUGACGAUUCUCAUAUGACUUUUUCUUUACUUAAGAUUUUAACACAAUAAACUAUAUCAAACCAUCCUUGCUUUCCUGGAAUGAAUCCCACUUGGUUCUGUUUUUUGUUUUUUUUGGCUGCACUGGGUCUUCUUUGCUGUGUGUGGGCUUUCUUGGGCUUUCUCUAGUUGUGGUGAGCAGGCUUCUCAGUGCAGUGGCUUCUCUUGUUGCGGAGCACGGGCUCUAGGCAUGUGGGCUUCAGUAGUUGUGGUGCAUGGGCUUAGUUACUCUGCAGCAUGUGGGAUCUUUCUAGACCAGGGCUCAAACCCGUGUCCCCUGCAUUGGCAGGCGGAUUCUUAACCACUGUACCACCAGGGAAGUGCCGUUGUUUUUUAAAGUGCUGACAGAUUCGAUUUUGCAAGGAAGUUCUGGAGGAACUAGGAGGAGGUGUGGUUCACAGUGGGUGGUCUUGGAGAUCCAGGGAGGUCUUCCUGGAGUAGAGGGCAAAGUGGUGGUGUGGGUAGUGGUAAGCUAGGAACUCUGGUACUUUCUCCAGUGAAAAUGUCUGGGCAAGAGGAAGGCAAGGAAAAACUGCUUAAAUCCAUCUUAAAAGGAAUAUUUCAACCUAAAUACCCAUCAGCGAGAAACCAGUUAAGUAAAUUUUGACACAUCCAAACAAGAGAAUAUCAUAUAGUGAUUAAAAAGAACCGGGAACUUCCUCGUGUGCCAAUAUACAACCAUCUCCAGCUUACGAAGUGAACAAAAUGAAGGGCAAUCAAUGUCUUUCCCAUUUGUAUUGAAAAGGAGGAAAAAGAACAUCGUAACCAGGUGGGCCGCGCCCCCAACCUUGUCAUCGUGUUUGACUGCUCCAUGGAGACGAUGGUGCAGAGGGCGCUGCGCCAGGGCCAGGUGGAGCGCCGGGCGGACGACUGUGAGGUGGCCAUCUACCAGCGCCUGGAAACACACUACACCCUGUGUGAGCCCAUCCUGACCUUCUACCAGCAGAAGAACCUGCUCCGAAACAUCUUGGCAGAAGCAGCUCCAGAAAACAUUUUUGCCAAGUGCUGCUCUGUCAUCGAACGCCUGAAGGGCAGGUCCCUAACAAACCUGGAAGGUCAUGGGGGCCGUGAACAGCCCCACCUGGAGGUGGCAGCUGUUGCCGCUCCGGCCACUCACACCUGUGGGCCCAGCCACCUAGGUUCUGAGCGUGACACCUGGUUUUUCGGUGCUGGUAUUCAACCCUAAAUCCCAGAGGAACGCUCCAGGCAAACACUAUGCCUCAAGAUUACUGUCCCUGGGCCAGACAGCUCAAGUGGCCCCUCAGACCACUGUCCCAUCUCCUGUCCUCAUCCUUAGGCUGCCACCAACCACCGGAACGGACGCCAUUCAACAGAGAUUUAGUUCUCGCUAUCUUCUAUGGCUGGCUCAACAUGAAGGAUCCCAAUUUUGAAAGAAAAAAAGCAUGUGAGACACACAGAAUGAGCGAGAGAGCGAGAGCCCGGCACCGCCUGUGCCGCGACCUCCAAG